AUGUCGGCAGCACUCGGCAUUGACGGCCGGAGGGCCCGGCUCCACGCGCUUGCCGCCGAAUGGGGGGUCCACUCGCUGCCGCCCGUGGCCCCGCCGACUCCGGCCCCGCCGCCACGGACGCCGAACGACGAGUUCCACGCCGAGGAGCUGCUGAAGAGGCGGCGCAUGGCGGCAACCCCGGACAGGCAAUUCCAGAGCGGCAUCAAACGGGCCUUCAGCGCCCACAAGAAGACAUGGGAUGCCAACGAGGUCUUCGAGGCUCUCAACGCCCACGUGGCCAACGCCGGCGCGCCAGGGGUCGCCGAUGCGCUCAUUGCGAAGCUGCUGUCUGCCGGCGGCAACGUGAACGUGUCCAGUGGCAAGAGCAAGCCGAAUCUGCUUACGAGGCGAAGGAGCAUCGAGUCCAUGGAGCGCAGUCGGGUGCUGCAGAUGGCCGUCGAGAACCGCCAGACCGACAUGGUUGCCGUCCUGGUUCAGCACGCAGACCCCUUCACCCUCGAUGCGGCACUGGGCGCGGCACUGCGCUCGGGAGACCCCGUCAUGGUGAAUCUCCUGCUUAGCCGGGGCGCGAACGCCUCGCAGACACAGGACGCCCAGGACGUCUUCCGCCAGUUGUGCAUCACGGGCGGCUACGCGGACCUCGUGGGUCUUGUCCUGCAGUCGGACGGAAGACCGCCGCCGAACUGGCUUUCCAUGUCCAUGGUCGACGCUGCUCGGAGGGGCUGCCUCCAAACCGUCCUGAGGCUCAGCCGGUCGUCUGCCGAUGGAGAGUACAACAAAGCUGAGGCUCUCAAGGCCGCCGUCGCCCAGUGCAGGGUAGAUAUCGCGCUUGCCAUUCUCACCGGCGCAAAGCCGCCUACACUUGGCGGUCAGGGUGUCCUGGAGAGCUUCUCGCAGCUUCUCGGGCACACAACCAUCGGUCCAAACGAGAAACUGGCCCUCACCGAGGCGCUUCUCUGUGCUGGUGCCUCCGGGGACCUGCUUUCGGUCGCACUCUCCCAGGCUUGUGCCACUGAGUUUUACGACAUGGUAAAUCUGCUCGUCUCCUACGGCGCCUCAGUCGAGUUCCAGAACGCCACCAUCCUUCACCAUGCCAUCUCCAGGGGGCAAAGCUAUCUGGUGCAGCUGUUGCUAAGCGAAUCAUCAACCCUUAAUCCGGCCUUCGCCUCCGAGGGUGUCAAAAGUAUCCCAAAGACCAUCGCCCCAGAGGAUCGCCACGCCAUCCUCGGCAUCCUGUUGCGGAAAGGCGCGGGUGGCACCCCUUUGAACGACGCCCUAAUCGACGCUGUUCAGGCGGGUGACCUCCAGUCCGCCGAGCUUCUGCUAACGCCGCAAUUUCCCGGUGCGCAGCCCGUCUCGGCCCAGGCAGGUCGCAGGAGCUCUCCAGCCAGACAUGAGAUAGCGUCGGUUGACCAUAAGAACGGACUUGCGCUGUCUGUCGCCGUGAGAAUGGGAAACGCCCCGAUGGUGAAGCUGCUUCUUGCUGCCAGACCAUCUACUCAAAUCCUCGACCAGGUGUUUCCCCUGGUUCUCGGCCUUCAGCCCGCCCCACGCUACCACAUCGCCGAAUGCUUUCUCGCCGCUGGCCUGUCUCGACCGUGCGUUUCCGCCGCGCUGCAGCAGGCCAUCGAGGAGCAGCCUCCACUCAGGGACGAGAACCUGAUCGGCAUCCUGCUACGACAUGACGCCGACGUUAACUUUAAUGAUGGAGCUGGUAUUCUGUCAGCGAUAGCCAUGCAGGAUCUGCCCUUGCUUGAGGCCUUGUUGAGAAGCAAACCCUCGUCUCAGACCUUGGCAACCGCAAUGGCACGAGCCAUGAUGGUCAUCGACAAGUCCGUUCGCUACGAGAUAGUGAGGCUGCUUAUCGGCGCUGGAGCCGGCCGGGACGGGGUGUCUCAAGCCUUGGCUCAACUCCUGCCUGUCAAACCCACUGACAUCCAGUUGGCUGCUCUGCUUCUCGAACAGGGACGGGCCGACGCCAACUUUGAUCGAGGCCUGCCCGUGGCCAUAGCUGUGAAUGAGCCAGACCCAACUCUGCUCGAACUGAUCCUCCAGCACGGACGACCGAACCCCGACACGCUGUACCGGGGCUUAGACGCCCUCUCCGAGAUGCCUACAAACGCCGCCAAGGUGGCCAAAGUCGAUGCCAUCCUGCUCCGCACAAGGGACAAGGAGAUACUGAGCCCCGUCCUGUUCAAGGAGGUGCAGACACUGCUCAAAGCCCCUCGCAACAACCGCCACCUCGGCGCUCUCAACUCCCUGCUCUCCGCCGGCGCAGACGUCAACGCCCACAAAGCCGCCGCGUUCUGCUGCGCCGUUCGGGCCGCCGACGCUCCCAUCGUCGACCUCCUCUUCCGCGGCAAUCCCACCCCCCCUUCCCUAGCCGCCGCCCUCCCGCAAUCCCUCAACAUCCCCGACCCCAUGGACCGCCUCGCCUUCACCAAGAAACUCAUCGCCGCCGGCGCCCCGCGCUCCGAAGCCAACCGCGCCCUCAUCUACGCCAUCAACACCCACCCAGCCGACCACCCGCUGAUCACCCUCCUCGCCUCCCACGCCGACGCCGCCGACGGCGAAGCCCUUGCCGCCGCCAUCAGGCACGAACACGCCGACGCCGUCGCCAUCCUCCUCGCCCACUGCAAACCCCUGCCCCCGCCCGCCGUCCUGCGCGCCGCCUUCCAGAAUGCCAUGGCCAGCGGCGCCGCCGCCGCGCACAGAGACAGGCGCGCCGCCAUCUGCACCGCCCUGCUCAAGACCGGCGGCGUCGCCGGCCCCGUCGUCUCCGACGCGCUGCUGGUCGCGGCCGGCGAUGGCGAUGUGGCGCUCGGCAGCCUGCUGCUGGACUAUGGGGCCAGUGUCGAGCACCGCGGGGGCCAGGCUGUGGUGGAGGCGUGUCGGGCCGGCGCGCCGGCGGUGGUGCGGAUGUUGCUUGGUGGUGGUCGCACCGGCACUAUCAGGGCGGCGGGGGCGGGGGCGGGGGAGGUUAAGAUGCAGACGCUGGUGAAGGGGUUUCAGGCUGCGACGCAGGUGGGGGAUUUGGCGCGGCGGGCGGAGGUGUUGCGGCUGUUGCUGGAGAAGGGGGUGAGCGGGGAGGUGGUGCAUGCGCAGUUGGUGUCGGCGGCGAAGUUUGGCGCGGAGGGGGAGGGGCUGGUGCGGCUGCUGUUGGAGUUUGGCGCGAGUGUGGACUACGGGUCCGGCGAGGCGAUCUGGAACGCCACGCGCGGCGCGAUCAUGGGCAGUCUCAGGUUGAUGCUGGGUGUGGAGAAAGUCGGCGAGCGGCAGAAGACGCCGUCGACGGCUACUUUGCUGAGGGCGCUCAAGGCAAGCCGGAAGCUGGGCAGGGAUCCGCGCUAUCAGGUCAUCGACUGGCUCUUCCAGGCUGGGCUGCCGCCCUGCGAGGAGAUCAACAUCGCCUUGAACAGAGCGGUGAAAGAAGAGCCCGACCCCCGGCUUGUCCGAUUGUUGCUGAAGCACGGGGCGUCCCCACUGGCCAAUGGCUGCGAGACCCUGAUCGACGCUGCUGAGCUGCUUUCGGUUGAGAUUUUGGGCCUCUUGCUCGAAACGGAGAUUCCCAAGAAGGAUAUCUCAUGGACCUUCCAGCAGGCUUUUACCCCAGCGGCUGUUUCCACGUGGCUCUCGGAGAAGGGCUUUGAGGUGGCGCAGAUGCUGCUGGCGAAGGGCGCGGAGGGGGAGAGCUUGGCUCCGGCGCUGAGCGCGGCCAUUGACGCCUACGGCUCGGACAAGGAUGCGAUUGCCCGCAAGUUUGUUGGCGUCCUCCUGCAGGCCAACAUCGAUGUCAAUUACGAUAAUGGCCUGGUGGUGCAGAAGGCCGCCCGGGCGGCGGACUCCGAGCUCAUCCUGCAGGUACUCCACCGGUCGCCGAGCUCUCAUGCUGUCUCGAUGGCUUUCCCGCACAUAUUCGACGCGGACCUGUCCGAAGACGACGCUCUCCGCCUCAUCGAUAUCUUCAUCGAUUACCACGACGCGGAGGAGAGACUCGACGUCAUGUUCACUCAUCCUGAACUUGGACCGGUCCUGUUUCGAGCAGUCAACAAGUUUCCGCGCUCGGUUAAGGUCCUGAAAGCAUUGCUCGACGGUGGAUACUACUACGAUCAAACCACGACGAUGCGGGUCAUGGACGACGUGGAAGAGGACGAGGAAGUCACCCUCUUGUUCUGGGCACUCUUCCAGCCCCAGAAAAGAGUCAGUAGCGCCGUCAUCGAGCUCUUGGUUGAUCGCGGGGCCAAAGUCAACUUUGAGACGCGCUUAUCCAAGACAACGCCGCUCAUGCUUGCAAUUCAGAGCCGGCGGACCGAGCUGGUCAAGACGCUUCUCCUUGCCGGGGCGGAAGUCGACGUGACGGAUGCUACUGGCAACACGCCGAUGACCAUGGCCACGCAAAUCGGGGGAGACCUCGGCACCUCCUUGAUGUCCAGCAUCCUGGCGGCGGACCCGUCGAUCAAUGAUGGCUCCUUGCAUAAUGCCGCAAGGGAUCUCAAUCUACAGGCGAUGCAAGUGCUCGUCGAGUACGGCCACGACGUCGACUUUCCCAGCCCCCUUCACGGCGGCCGCAGUGCACUAGGCGAACUGUGUCUGAACGCUGCCCACGCGGGCCCGCUGACAGCGGCCCAGGAGAAGCGGAUGGAAAAGGCCAUGACAUUCCUUAUCAACAAAGACACUGACCUCACCAUCCAAUCUGAUGGCAAAUCCGUCAUCCUCCUCGCCCUCCACUCUGCCGACCCGCUCCCCACGACCCGCGCCCUCCUAAAGGUCGGCCUGUGGAAACAUAUCAAUAAGCCCUACAAUUACUACACGGACGGCACGCACACGUACUCGCCCACCCAGUACCUCACCCGCGUCAUGCCGGAAACCGACCUCACGCCGCAGCUCCUCACCCUCCUGCGCGCCAACCGCGCCAUAGACGUCUACUACGCCAACUCGGGCCCGCAACCCGCCGACGCCGUCAACCUCCCGCCUGACCUCCUCCACGCUGAGCGUGAGCGGCGCGCGCGCGAGGAGCGCCUCGCCGCCGAGGACGAAGAGCACGCGCGGGCGCUCUCGCGCACGCAGGAGAUCGCGCAGAUCCACAACAACAUCUUCCUCGCGCGCGCGGAGCUCGAGGACGCGCGAGCGCGGCGCAGGCAGGAGGACGAGCUGGCGGCGGUGCGGGCGCGGCAGGCGGCGGAGGAGGCGGCGUUCGCGGCGCAGCUGCAGCGGCGCAAGGCGGAGCGCGAGGCGGCGCUCGAGCACGAGCAGCGGCUGACCGAGGCCGGGCUGACGCGCGCGCGGCUGGUGGCCGACGCGGAGCUGGAGAUGGAGGACCGCCGGCGCAAGCUCGCGCUCGAGUGGGAGGACAAGAUGGCGCGGCAGCGCGAGGCCGACGCCAAGGCGCUCAGCGCCGUGCGCAUCCGCGAGCGCGAGGCCCUCGAGCGCAUCGAUGCCGCCGCUGACGCGCGCACCGUCAAGAGGAUCGCGGAGCACAAGAGGCUCGUCGAGAGCCAGACUGCGCUGGCGGCCAGGUUGGCGAAUGGUCCCGGGGGGUUGGAUCGGAGGCAGAUUGGGUAUGUUACGGGUGAACUUGAUUGA